AUGUCGCCUCUGUCGCAGCCUACAGUAAGGAGACCCCGCACCGAUGCAGUCAACCUCACCGCCAACUCCCCCGCACAGGUCGAACAAACCCAGGUGGUCAUUGAACCAGCGCUGCGCGAAUACCUCGCGUCUGAACGCGAAGCAGCGCUGGCCAAUGGGAACGGCCAUCUGGCGGACCUGUGCCAGGCAGGAUCAUCGCUUGCGGUUAAUGAUCUUGCCUCCUAUCUAGACAAUUGGAUAAUAGAACAUUUCCAAAAAGGGGGAAGGAAAUACAACCCAAAUGGUCACAGAGGUGGACCAAAAUCAAAUUACGGAGGUACUAGACCAGGAAGAGGUCCACGGGUAGAAUCAUACAAAAAGGCCCAGGAUCUCUACCUCCGUAACAGAUCAGCUCUAGUGGAUAAAAUCAUUUCAGGAACUCCACUAGACUCUACUGAAGAGGUACCACCUCUAAAAGCGGUUGAGGAGCUGUAUAGCGGGAUCUUCGAGCGGGCUGCGACGGAGACGAUGACGGUUCAUCCCGAACCACGAAACACCGAUGCCACCACUUUCGCUCCAUUCGAAGAAAGCGAACUAGAGGCAGCCAAAACAGCAUGGGCUAACUCAGCACCUGGUGCUGACGGGAUAACGGUGGCAUCGGUUAAAAAUACGAACAACAGGGUGCUAUGUGUUUUAUAUUCAAUAAUCCUUAUGAGAAACGUGCACCCUGCCAUCUUCCUGCGGUCUAGGACCACAAUUAUAUAUAAAGACGGCCAACGGAGCGAGGCGGCGAAUUGGAGGCCCCUUACUAUCGGGAGUGCCCUCCAGCGACUGAUGCACAGGGCGAUGGCUAACCGCUUGCGGAAGGUCGUCGCCCUGGAAGCCAAUCAACGCGGAUUUAGUACGCUGGACGGCACUCUCGCGAAUUGUAUGAUUCUACACUCAUACAUUCGGAAUAGGGUGUCCUCCAAUAAAGAGUACGCGGUCGCUUCACUCGAUUUGCGGAAGGCCUUUGACACUGUUGGACAUGGGAGCGUUGUGGGAGCUCUCAGACGGUUUGGGGUGGACGAGCGUUCCAUACGUUACGUUGCGACAAACUUGGCAACCUCUGUGACACAGAUUCGGGUGGGGCAGGAAACGACGAGGGACAUUGGGUUUAGCUGCGGUGUAAAGCAAGGGGAUCCGCUGAGUCCGCUACUUUUCAAUCUAGUGAUUGAUGAGCUUCUGGCCGGGCUUAAUAAUGGGGAGCGAGGCGGAACAAUAUUGCCUGGGGUGAGGGUGUCUGCCAUGGCGUUUGCGGACGACAUAGUCUUGCUCGAGGAUCGGGAGGAGAAUAUCCCUCUGGUCCUCGAUGAGAUUGUUGAGUUCGCGAAGUCCAAAGGCAUGGCACUAAACCCUAAAAAGUGCUCAGCCAUGGUCGUGGGAUUGGCGAGGGGUGUCCUGGCGCCUAGGAAAGAUUACAAACUUACGAUUGAUGGACGCCGCGUGGCCAUGGUGACGGAGGUCAACAGCUUCCGUUAUCUUGGCCAUGAAGCGUCCGUCAAAGGACUAAUGCGCCCUUCCCUCGCUAAUCUACCGACCUGGCUGGCCAAUCUUAAGAGAUCCCCUCUUAAGCCGGACCAGAAGUUCGCAAUCCUCAAAAAUCACAUUAUCCCUAAGCUAUUCUAUGGCCUGCAAAACCCCAAGGUGACGGCGGCCACCUUGAGGUCAGUGGAUCGUCUGGUGAAGGGCUGCGUCAAGUCUGUGCUCCACCUUGCGGAGCACACUCCUGACGCUGCCCUUUACGCAGCGAUACGCGAUGGCGGGCUUGGGGUACAGCAGCUGAAACUCAACAUUCCUCGUGUUUUCCUGAAUCGACUAAUUAAACUAAUCGAAGUCAAUGAUGACCGUGCGCUGUCGGCGGCGUUGCAGAGUGACUGCACGCGUGAGCUAAUGCACAGGCUGGAGCAGCUCACUGGCGAGGUUCCUGCGGUACAGCUUUGGCGGGAGCGACUAAUAGCUUCUCCUACCCUAGCGGGUAUGGAGAAUGCCACCGAUGAUUCGGCUAGUCGCUCCUGGCUUCAGGAAAAACCCAGAGGCUGGACCGGCAGGGACUUCGUAAGGGCUGUCCAGCUAAGGAAUAACAACCUCCCUACAGCUGGUGGCAUGUAUGCCACCGCGGAAAACAAAAUGUGUAGGGCUGGAUGCUCACGCGUGGAAUCGAUCUGCCACGUUCUCCAGCAGUGCCCCAGUACCCACUGGGAAAGGAUCAAGCGUCACAACGAGGUUGCCAAGAAGGUUGCAAAACACUGCCGGGCGAAGGGUUGGACCACCCUGGAGGAGCCGUACGUCCGCCACGGCGACGGAACCCUCUUCAAACCUGACAUAGCUGUCAUGAAGGGGGAACAGAUCGUUGUGGUGGACGUGGGGGUCAACUGGGAGGGGAACAUCCCUCUCGCCCAAACGUACACCAACAAGAAGGCAGUGUAUGACAACCCCAAGUUCCACGACGCUGCCCGGGGAUUAUGGCCUGGAAAGACCAUUUCAGUCCUGCCCAUAAUCCUCGGUGCGCGUGGAAUUUGGCCACGAUGUAACGGUGAGACCUCGUCCACGCUAGACAUCGGUGCUCCCUUGCGACGCUCCUGCGUCCAUUCGGUGCUCAAAUGGGGUGGUACCAUCCACUCGGCCUUCGGUAGACGGGUGUGGCGACGGCGUCCUGCGCCCGCCAGGCGAUAG